UGAUUGGACAAUAUUUAUCAAAUACAAACGAAAGUGCUACGGUGUACAUUUUGCAAAAGCUUUUGCAACUAAACAAGGCCCAAGUCUAGACAAAUAAUUUGGUUCUAUGAUAUGGGAUUUGCAGCUCACAUUGUUUAAGGUGCCAAAAUUAUAGAUGUUAAUUAUAUAUGUUUUGUGUCAAAUGGCUACUCAUGUUUCAUUUGUGUUGUACAUGGACAUGCGAGGGUGAAUGAAUAUGCUGUGUUCUUCAGGCUAUAAAUUUAAACCUAAGUUUCUUAUUGUAUGAAAAAUUGAUUAGUGCAAAAACUAACUACAAUUUAUUAUGCCAUGUGCCUCUUUUUUCAUCACAUUUUUAGUCCAUCCAUUUUUUGUCUAAUACCUUCUGAAGUUGUUUGUUGGUUGACCUAAAGUAAUGUUUAAUUAAUGUUUCAUGGUUUACUAUGAUUUGAAAGGGGGGGGGGGAAGCUAUAUUCUUGUUUGGUUUACUUUGGUUUGAAGGGAAAAAAGCUAUAUUCUCUUAUCUAAUCUACAUGUUGAAAUAUGUGCGCAUGAGUAUCUAAGCAAUCCACCCAAAGCAAUACGUUAGGUAGGAGAGAUUGUUUUUCUUUUUUUGUGAAUUUAUAGUAUAAUUACAGGAAAAAUAAAAAUAAAAUGUAUAAACUUUAGUUUUUUAAACCUUUUGUUAGUUAUGGAGCAUGUUCAGGUUUUCUCCAAACCUUUCCACUGGUAGUUUAGCAGCUUAUAUAAGGAAAUGACCUAUAGUAGUUAGCACUUGGUUUUAGUUUCUUUGGAGAAUAUGAAAUAAAUCUGAACAAUGCAUACUCUUUGUGUCCCAAAAUAGUUGACAUUUAGCUAUGAAUCUGGACAAUUUUGGGACAAAGGGAGUAGAACAGAUGCUUCUUCACUAAUAUAUUAACCUAGAAAUGCCAUAACGCAUCCACCACCCAGUCCCCCAGAGACUGCAACAGUAAAACAGACAAAACAACAAAUCUUCAAUACGGCCGUCCUGCGUAUCCUGGGAGAAGAUGCCAAUACACAUCCUGUUGCUAUCGUUCUCUUUCUGUUGUCUUUUCAUUAUUAGAUUAUCCAAAUCAAUAGUUUCAAUGAGCUGGACUUAAGCAGGAUCCCACUCGCUGCACCAGAUGCCAAUUGGUUUCUGCUACUUCUGUACUCUUUUGUUGUGGUGGGGACUAACAAAAAGUUAUAUACAGCACCCUUUCUUUCCAAGUGUUGCCCAGCUAGGAGAUGCCCAUAAUGGGCAAUGUGUAGGGGAGGUGGGGGAGCUGUCUGAGAUAUUCCAAUGGAAAGGGGAGGUGCCCAAGGGGCUGCCAGGCUGGGACGAUAACGAGAAGGAGCACUUGGGCGAGGAACUCGCCGAUGUGCUCCUCUAUCUGGUGCGGCUGUCAGACAUGUGCGGCGUCGACCUCGGCAAGGCUGCCCUGCGCAAGAUGGAGAUCAAUGCCCGCAAAUACCCAGUUGGGCAGUGCAAGGGUUCAUCCAAGAAGCACACUCACUACGGCUCCACUAACAAUGUUAGCGACAAUGCUAACACCGUGAACAAGGAGAACAGCAAUGGCGUCUAAAACGACUCGGAGCUCCUUGAAUGAUAGUUUGGCUGGUCGGACAUGAUCUAGGUUAUGUGCUGAUGAAAUAGGGAUGCUCUAUUUUGGUGGUAAAGGAACAAGUCUGUGGGUUCAAGUUUCACUAUAUAUUAGAUGCCUAAUGAACCAAGUGUUAACCACAAAUCUUCGUAGGCUGUAGUUCCCCUUAUAUUCUAAUUGAACUGGCAUUUUGCUUCUGCUGUUUCAGUUAUGCAGCUGAGUAGUAUGAUGCGAAAGCAAAGCUGACCAUAUUUACUUGGUGUAGUGCUAGUAUUGAGUACUGACACUACUUUAUGAUGCAAAGCGACUUUCUGACAAUGCAAAGUUGUCAGUGUAGUCUAUGAGCCGGUGUUGGACUGUCGGUGAUUGGUGAAUGUCUUUGACGCUCUAGUCCUUUAUCA